AUGAGGCAACUUCGAGGACAAUUAAGCAUUAUGAAUCUUGAUAUGGUUGGAAGUGCAACAGAGUGCAUACAGGCCAGGUUAGAUAACAAAAAGCACCUUAAUGCAUUGCUUUUGUUCUGGAGACAAUUGGAGAAAAGAGACAGUAACCCUGACAAGCAUGAAGAGGUACUUGAAGCUCUUCAGCCACAUCCCAACCUCACUGAGCUGAGAAUCACAGGCUAUAUGGGGAUCAAAUCUCCAAGUUGGCUGAACCAUACCUUGUUAUCCAAUCUUGAACAUUUGGAACUAGAGGAUUGCCAGGGUUGGGAAGCCUUGCCACCACUUGGAUUACUACCUUUCCUCAGAAUUCUGCAUCUAAAAUCUCUAAAAGCUGUAAAGCAUAUUGGCCCUGGAUUCUAUGGUGACAAUGUUACAACAUUCCCCUCACUGGAGGAACUUCUGUUCAGUGACAUGAUUGAAUGGAGCCAGUGGUCAGGAAUAGAGACAAGCCAUCAAUUAUUCCCUCGCCUCUCUAGGCUACAGAUCAAUCGUUGCCACAAGUUAAGAGGAUCACUUGUUAUGCCCACUUUGCUUGAAAAACUUCAUGUUGUGCUCUCAGAUGAUCCUACCUGGGAAUCACAUGAAAAGCCACAAGUUAUUCUAUCUGAUGAUAUCUGGGACUCAUGUGAAACCAAAGAUAUUUCAUCAAUUCUGAAACUUAGCAUAGAUAACAUCUCACUGCUCACUGAUUGCCUUCCAGCCGAGAGUCUUUCCUCAGUGUAUAGACUGGAUGUUAUUUACUGCAGCUCCCUUGUAUCUUUUACUGAUGAACAAGAGAAGUGGUUCCAGAAGCUAACCUCACUCAAAGAACUAAGAAUCACUGACUGCGACAAUCUAACUGAACUGCCAAGUGAUCUGAUAAACCUUGCAUCUCUGGAGACAUUGCAGAUUCAGAAUGCCCAAAACUUGACCAGCCGUCCUGGAAAGGCCUGCCAAGCUAGCUGAAGCAAUUAUAUGUAAAAGGAUUCCAUGAAAAGCUGACAGAGCAGUGCAAGAAAAGAUCUGAUCCUUUCUGGGACAGCAUCUCUGACAUUUUUAACAUUACUGUUUAUCAAGAACACAUACUAUUGGGUGCUGCA